AUGAAUCCCAAUGGCUUUGACGUCUCCUUGCCCAUAGCUGCCUCGGCCAGCCCGCUGCUCCUUGCUGCACUUUGGCCACCUGCCCUGUCUCUUGGUUUGCUCUCCAGCCUGGUCCUGCUGGACCUGACCGGGCCAGCGAGCAGCUCUGUGGGGCGAGAGAUGGAUCUGUCCCACCGGUUCUCCAAGCGAGAGCUGGUCCUGCUCUAUGAGGAGGUCCUCUACACCAUCCGGCACCGCCUGGGCAAGCCCGAGCAGCACCACGUUGCGGACUCCCAGGAGCUAUACGCCUACGUGCAAAAGGCUUUCGGCAUGGAUGCAGAGGAGCACAGCGUCAUCAUGCAGCAGGUCAAGGAACUGGAGAGCCCAAUUUUUUGCCUGAAAGCAACCGUGAAAGAAGCCAAGGGGAUUUUGGGUAAAGACGUCAGCGGGUUCAGUGACCCGUACUGCCUCCUGGGCAUCGAGGCCAAGAGCCAGGAACCAGCCCACCCCGACCACAGGAAGAGGAUGAAGGCUGUGGUCAAAGACCUCAUCCCUGAAGACCAGAUCCAUCGCACACAAGUCAUAAACCAGACCCUCAGCCCGGUGUGGGACGAGACAUUUAUCCUGUAA